UAGCUUUAGUUUAACAUCAAAUUUCGUUUAGUUGAAUGUCGAAAGUGUUUUUCGAUUCUUAAUUUUUGGCGCUAAAUUAUAAAUGGCGGAUGAGGAAAACGCUGAAGCUGUAACAGCAGCAGUUGAAGAGCAGCCUGAAAAUGCAGCCGAUGGCAUCAUGUCGCCUCUCAAGCUCAUGGACGAUGCAGCAUCGGAAGCUACAGUGGGCGUUGAAGAUGAAGACGACGAAGAUGAAGAGGAAUCCGAUGCUGAUUCCGAAAGCGAUCUCUUUGAGCUGCUGCACUCGGACAGCGAAGACAACGAAGAGCAAAUGCAACAAUAUCGCGAGUAUCUGGACCUAACCAAGCAAAUCGAUUGCCAGAAUGCCAUUAUCAAGGAUUUGAAGUCACAAAUGCGCGACUUGCUCCACUUGCCCUGCCAAACGCGCAGCGACAAACUUAAGUGUAAACAAUUGAACAUUUGUUUGCAGCAGGAGAGUCUCAAGCUCAAGACGAUGAUGAAUCGCGCCAUACAGCUGCAGAAUUUCGGCUCUCAGCGUUGGUAUGCGGAACUGGAGCUGGAGACCACAGGCCUGGAGGAGCAGCUGAUGAAAGGCAAUAGAUUCCAAGGCUGCUCGGGCCUAAGCAGAGAUGCUGCCAAUUUUGAUUGUAAUGUUGAGGACUCGGAUGAUGAGUGCUGCAGAUGAAAAUUUAUAUAGAAAAUAUGUAUCUUGUAUGCCAAAAUCAAAGCUGUUAAAGUGUGAUUAAGAUUAUAUUUUAAAUAAAUUAUUUAUUUAAGCAAAAUAAUGCAAAUA